AUGGGUGCCACCAAUCCCGCCGCGGAGGGCGCGUGGAGGGGAACACGACAUGAGGUCACGCCCGCGUCCGACGUCGGUGACGCGGAGGGUGCCGGGUCCGACUUCGACCUCGACUUCGCGUUCGCGCCGCCGGUAUCAGCGGCCAAGUUGGUGCCGGCCGACGACAUCUUCGCGCACGGCCGCAUCGUGCCUGCGUACCCGGUGUUCGACCGCAACUUCCUCGACCUCUCACCUGGCGAUGUGGCAGAGCCUGCCUCCACGGCAGCGCCCUCCACCGACACCUACUGCGCGUGGACGCCGCGCUCGGCGCCGAGCUCGCCCAGCCUCGACAUCGCAGCGAGAUCAACGAGGGGGAAUUGCAACUCCGAGACGACGGCGAAGGGUGUUCCUGCUGCAUCUACAGUGGUGGAGAGAGAGGGGAAGGGGAAAGAGAAGAGAGGGGAGGAAGGUGGGGCCCAUGUGCGGUUGGGGCUAAUUGGGAUUUUUGACGGAAAAUGUGAUGGAGUGGCAUGGUUCUAAUUUCUCCCGUUUUGAGUGGCACAUAGCCAAUAUGCUAAAUAGUACUGGCAUUUUUUUAAUUGGCAUAUUUGCAGUGGUAUGGAUCCAAUUAACCAUUUUAAAAACACACACCGUUUUAACAUUUUAACGCUAAAAAAAUAGAAAGCUA